GGUAUAACGGUUGAUAAAACUUGCCAUAGGAGGGGAAAGUAUCGGAGUCACGAUAUCCGCUCUGUUGGUUUAUUUUGUGCCUCGGGAAGUAUAUUUUUCGUCUUUUAUAACUCGCUAGCCGUUAUCAAUUUAUAUAAGGAAUAUAUCUGUAAGAUUAUGCACUUGUUUCUUCCAAAUGGAAGCUUCCCUUAGACUGUUCAUUGCAAUUGAAUAUUAUUUUUAACGCUGUAAAUAAUAUAAUCAGCUAAAAUGGCAAGAGCUCCAAAACAUAGGAGGAUAAAACGAGCCACGGUUCUCAUAAAAAGAACCCGUUGCAUUAGGAAUACAAAAAAAAAAUCAUACUCACCUUUAUUCCAUAAGUUAAAAGUUAAUAAUCAUUCGUUAGCGAGAGCUUUAUCACAAGAGAAACAAGAAAGCCAGUUAUUAUUUUCAAGAAAUGUUGAAUUAUUGGCCGAAGUGCAAGAUUUAGUUCAUGCUUGUAAUAACCGUGAUCUUGUAAUAACAAACGUUUUAAAAAAUUCUAAAGACAUGAUGCAAAUGCUGGUAACAAUGUCGGGUUAUUUAACAAAUACAAUUUCUGCGUGCCAAGAAUUUGUUUCAAAUCAAGUAAAUAUUCAUCGUACUUCGAGUAGCAGUACGGGACGAAGAGAAUCGAGCAGAAGAUUAUCGACAAAAUCUCCAGCAAGAGGCGUCGUUAAACCUAUGGUCAGUGGACAUACAAUCACCAAACCCACUAUCAAUUUGAGUAGAGUGAAUAUGCAGCGACUGCAAAAUGCUAAUUUAAGUAUAAUAGAAGAGGGGCCAUCAAGUCCCGAAAGAACUUUGGAUAGAUCAGUCGAAAAUAGACGUUCACGAAUAAUGCCCGAAAGACUUCCAGUAUCUGGUCUCAGAAACGAAGAUGACGAAGACCGCGUAAUAGUAAAUAGGAGAACGAGUAAAUAUUCCGCAGGAAGAUUAUCUUCAGGUCGGUAUUCGAAACGAAAUUCUGGUCGAUUAUCUGGAAGCGGAGUAGCUGGUAGAUUAUCCAAACGUAGUUCUGAUUAUUCGGAAUUACUUAAAAGUCCCCGGGUAACUCUACAAGAUGUUUCACGAUACUUGAUAAAUAGUCAAACUGUGAACAUAAGAAUGUUGUCGGAAUCAGCGAACGGCAGUCAAUCGAGCAAUGCGAUGAGCAUCGACGAUACGCAAGCAUUGGAGGACCAGUCGAGUCCGGAUAACUCGAGUCACGCGGUCGUUAUACCGGAGACGCAGGAUGCGUGUGAUAUCUCGGAGUCCGAGGAGCGCGACAGCAGCAACGCGGCCUCUUUAAGGAAAUCGAUCACGACCUCGAAGCGAUCCUUGCGCAAGAAACCCAAGAGCCGAUCGCCAGUCAUCGACUCGCAAUACAUCGAUCCACUGGAGGGUUCGAGCUGGAUGCACAACUCGUCGAUAAACACCGAGGAGGACCAGGAGCUUAACACAGCCACUCUUGUGAGCGCCGAGGACUUGACCGAGGAGGAACACGAUCGGAUAAACUCGCCGGUCUCGUCGUUGCCUGCCGAGCGCCGUAGGACCUCCAACUACUUUCGCGUGCCCGAAUUGCCAAAAUCUUUCAAGUCGGCGAAUAUGAGUAACGGGUUCUUGGAUAACGAUAACGAUGACGAGGACGAUCACAGGAUAAAAUUGUGCUAUAUCACGCAGCGACGCGGCCUCUCGUCAAAAAUGCACUCUACGAGCAGGAACGACGACGACGACGAUGACGAUGACGACGACGACGUCGACGUGGAUGACGACGACGAAACGUUAAUGCUAAACGUGCGCCGCCAUCUGAACCAACUGCCGACACGGCAGUCAGAACAGCCGGAGAGGUUGCAGUUUGAUGUGAACGAACUGCUCCAGCUGACGCCCCUUAAGCCUCUUUUGUCCAUGAGCAGUAGGAUAAAUAACGGAUCGGCUCAAGUGGAUGUGGAACUCGAGCCCACCGCUACCAUUCAAAUUACCCAGAGGUGUCCGAAGCCAGCGGAGAGUACGGACACGUUCAGUCAGAUGCUGACUAUGAAGAUUCAUCAGAACGGCCCACCCGAACUUCCGACUGUUGUGCCGUCGAGAAACCAGGAACAGCCAAGUAACAGCGGCCAGGACAGACGAAUAAGUGAAAUGACGACAAUGAGGCUGAGCUCGAGGAUCGAAUUGCCUCGACUGACCGAUGUCAUCGAUACGCCUGAGGACAAUGAACAUCGAAUAAACACGACUGUUACUCCUGAGAAUGAAAAGCAUAUCGAGAAACGCAAGAGGAUUGCUUUGAGACCCAUUACGCCGUCGUAUUUCGCAAGCGAUAACAGCGGCAGGGAAUCGCCGAUUAGGAAAAGGAAAAUCAAGCAGCGAAAAAAAAAGUCAAACGAUAAGGACCCGAGUACAGCGAAGGUUGUAUUGCAAAAGCUCAACGAUACGCAUCGAGGGUCGUCGCAAGACGAUACUACUGUGAGCUUGGAACGUAAAAAUCCUGAUGAGCUAAUUCCUUCCACAAAAAAUUCUAUGUUAUCUCGAGCUGAUCACUCGGGUGAUUCAGAAAGCAGUACUGCCAGUUGUAAUGGUAAAUCAACUAUAAUGAGACCGAGACGUCAAAAAGCACCAAAGAAUUUGCAAGAGCCAAAUUUAAAUAAAAAAUUGAGAAGAUAGGAAUUAAAUAGGAAACGAAAAUUAGAUCGAAACAACUCCGGAAGUUGUAAUGUGACUAUGGUUCAUGAAGUUUCUCUGUUCCUUGUUUAAUGAGCAGUUUUUGGUAAUCUGCAUUCUCUAUCUGUAUCUGAUGUUCUGCACACUGACCUUUAUUCGCUAUAUUUCUCAAGUUCCCUAAUGCUAGGUACCUAUCCAUUUUUUGAACGAUUGGCCAUUAAAGUCUGAGCCUUAUCUAGGGACAAAUGUUGUAUAAGCGAAGAGAGCUCCUACUGUCGAAACAAAAAGAAUACCUACUACUUCUUCUACUGCUAGUAUUUCCUGCGACUUGCCGACUGCUCCUUAAUACUACGUAUAUCAAAAUUUACCAAGGUCAUCCGUUCUUCAUUAGAUGCCAAUCUUAGCUCACGUUACUUAACUCCGUAAUAGAAUAGUCGGGUAAAGUUGUUAAUGUGAUAUUCCUUUGGUAAUAUUGACCUUAAAUCUAUGUAAUGGGGGUUUUUAAUAACGGGUUGAAUGACUUAUAAAAUUGGCAAGAUCAGUUCUUUUUGAAGCAUUGCUCUUCCCAAUAGUUAUAAACAAUAAGUGAAUAAAUGGCAACAUAAAAUGUUUUGAAGUAGAAUGGGAAUUAGUAUAAACCAACCUAGCCCGGUCAAGAACUGUAUAU